AUGUCCGAUGAAAAUGAAAAUGAGUCAUCGCAAGCGCUAGAAGACAUACUAAGCUACACAGAUUCUCCAGCAUUUCGACACAUUUUUAGCUUCUUUUUGGGUCGGCCAAGAAUUCGAGCUAAGAGUACCUUAACAUCAGAUAUUCUAAGUGAAGAAGUGGUGAUAAGGAAGGGAAAGCUGAUUCACAGUUGGCAAAAUGCGAGAGCCGUGUUUUAUAACUCGAAUAUCAGGCUGCAAACUAAAAACAAUCAAGACGAAGCUCUUCAAAUCCGGAAUAUGAAGGUGGACAUUUAUGAGUCAAAAAAAGGGCGGUCCCUACGACUCAAAGACGACGAUAACUGUUUUUUGAUCAUUUUUCAACGACCGAAUAUUCUGGAAGCGUGGUUUUCGAGAGCCCAACAAGUGGAGAAAAGCAAUCAUGUGGACGCAAGUGAUGAGCAAUUAACACUAAUACCAGAACAGAUUCUGAAUAAUGAAGCGCGGAUUCAGAUUCUGAAUUUGAGGCGGAACUCAUUGAUAAGCAGACCGCCUACGGAAAAGGUAAAGUUUAAAUCAUCCCUUGCUCCCCUUGGCUACAUUGAUGAUCUCUACCGUGUACAUUCCCUCCAAGUCAUUGAUCUAUCUGCCAAUCAAAUCCUCUCCUUUCCAAUCCAGCUCACUUUAUUAUCCCAUCUCCGUCAACUUAACUUAUCCUCAAAUUAUAUUUCUUCGGUGCCAAACGAAUGCUCAAACAUGCGACGACUACAGUAUCUCAAUUUAUCGAAUAAUCAAUUAGAUAGUCUACCCGACUCGAUUAGUGAGCUACAGAAUUUGCAAAGUUUGGAUAUUAGCUUCAAUCAGUUUUCACAGAUCUCUCCUUGUCUAUUCCAUCUCUCUCUGGAAAUGUGGAGGUUGGCUGGAAACAAUAUAGAGAAAAUCCAGCGAGUUGGUGAUCUAAAAAUUCAAAAAAUCGAUUUACGAAGAAAUGUGCUCGGCACCUCCUUUCGAUUGGACAUUGAGAAUAUAACACAUUUGGAUCUCAGAGAUAAUUCAAUGGUGUCAACUGUGCAUUUGACGAAUUUGAGGUUUUUGAAGGUGAUCCAUUGCGAACGUCUUCAACUCACCAGCCUUCAUCUCAGCGGCGAAAGUCUUACACACGUCUAUGCGGACCAUAAUUUACUCGACUCCUUGGUAGUCAUGCCACUUCCGCAGAACCUACAAACGUUAUCCUUAUCAUUUAAUCAUUUUCAAAAUCUGCCAGAUUGGAUUUCGGACUGCCCAAAUUUGACUUUUUUAAGAGCGAAUAAUAACGGAUUGGUGGCGUUGCCGGAGAGAAUCUUCUUCUCCCCAUCCCUCCGUUCCAUCUUUGCCUUCGUCAACGAAAUCGAGAAUCUUCCUGACUUUGGUGAGGAAAACUGUUUGGAAACAUUGAUCCUAUACAAAAACAAAAUUUCCCAUCUGCCCAAACACUUUUUUAGUGUGCUGCCAAGGUUGCGCCAACUGAACAUAUCCUCAAAUUUCAUCGAACUGCUGCCUUAUUUCGACGGGUCAUCGUUUUGUAGAUUGCAGAUUCUUCGCGCUGCCAACAACUACCUAACCGAGAAUAGCGUUCCUGUCAUCGUCAACAUGAAGCAUUUGAAAACAAUAGAUCUCAGUCACAACCGGCUCAACUCCUUUGACGAUAGUGCUUUGAGCUCUUUGGAACUCUUGGAGGACCUCAAUUUGAGCUCAAACCGGUUGACAAGACUUGCCGAUUGUUUGGCACUAUUGCCUUGUCUACAAGUGCUCCGUGCUCAUUCAAAUCAACUGGUUCAUGUGCCAGAGUUACAAGGAGCUGGGCAGUUACAUACAAUCGACCUAUCUUCAAACAACAUCUCGCUGGGAACCCUUCAAUUCAAAGCGCCACCCAAUCUUCGCCAUUUUGACGUCACCUGUAAUUCUGGAGACUUCGACACGGAGAAUUUUCCCGAAAAUUCUGAUAUGCACACUAAAAUGAACACAAUCAAUAUCUCCGAAGAGCCUCAUAAUCUUUUUGGUUUCCAAAUCGGAGUUUCCGGAUCCAGAGGAAUGAAGAAUAAACAGUGCAUUCGUCAGGUUCGUGUCGAGAACACAUUUGGCUUCAUUGAUGGCGGAUCGAAUUCCUAUAUGGCUAGUUCUAUAUGCAGAUUUUUAACAUCGUAUUUGAGAGAUAAUCCAUCAUCUGAUAUUCGAUCCAUACUUCUUAGGUGCCAUUGUGAGCUUGGAGAAGAGGGAGAACGAUUAGGAGCAAGUGUCAUGAUAAUUCGUCUACACGAGAAACACAUUGAGUUAGCAUCGACUGGAACCAUGAGUGCCGCUGUUGCCCGGCACCAGAAAUUGAAAACUAUCGUAAACGGAAAAUACGAAAUCGAUGAUGACGAAUACUCGAGAAUCCGCGAAGCUCAUGGAUUCGUGGAUGAGGAGAAUCGAAUCAACGGAGUGAUUGGCACCUCUAGACAAAUCGGUCAUUUUUCAACGUUUCCUGUUGUCCUACCAACGCAUUCUUAUAAAAACAUAGAGCUAUCCGAACGAAUCGAAGGACUGAUUGUUGCAAAUAGUACAGUAUGGAACAUGUUGUCGAUGGAGGAUUUGAGUAUGGUGUUCCAGAAUAAUCGAAGUCCCAUUGUGGUGGCGAAGAAGAUUCAGGAUCAACUUCAAUCCUAUGACUACGGUGGCAAUUCCAAUAUUCUGGUCCUUCGAAGAAUCAAACCUCAAAUGACGUUCAACGGAUUUUCCACGAUUUCUAGCUCCUCGAUGACACCCGAAAUUCGAGAGACGUUUUCUAGACCCAAAAUUGAUGAGCAAUUGGUCCUCGCUGUCCCCGCGAUGAUCCUCCCUGAGUAUCACCCCUCUCCACCGGGACCGUCUGCAGUACCCCAAUCAACAGUAGUCCCUCCUCCUCCGCCACCUCCAAUUCCAGCCACGCGCCACCGUACUCCAUCGCCUCCACCACCUCCGUUACCUCUCUCAACACCUCCACCAGUCUCUUCGGAACACGAAGAAAUCAACAUCCAUCAAAGCGCCACGUCAUCUAGCUACACAUUAUCGAUCGAUCGAUUCUACAGUAGUAGCAGUACAGUAUCUUCGAGGAAGCAAUUCAAUGAAACGCGAGAUUUGUUGAGCAAAUCGCUGAAGUUGAGCCCACCGAAUACGGUUACUUUUAAUAUUUGA